CCAUGGCCCAUCAGAAUAACGGUCUGGAUGAACGAAACAAGAACCUAUUUACAUGAAUUGGGAGGAACAGGACCUGUGGGAGCAGGGAAUAGACCAAAGGUGGUUGCUAUUAUGCACGGUGGGCCCGAAGAUGCGCUUCCUUAAGGAGAGCCACUAGCGUGCGUUAGUGGGUUAUCCUAAUUUUCCUACUCCUUAGAUGUUAAAUCCGUUUGCAAAACAAUAACCCAAACCUCUUUAUCCGUCUCACCAAACAAGCCAUGGGCUCGACCCACGAAGAAGAAGAAGAAUGCAUGUUAGCCAUGCAGCUGGCAACCGCCUCUGUCCUGCCCAUGGCCUUGAAGGCGGUCAUAGAGCUGGACGUGCUAGAGAUCAUGGCCAAAGCUGGCCCAGGGGCCCAUCUCUCCCCUUCCCAGAUAGCGACCCAUCUUCCAACCCACCACAACCCAGAUGCCCCCACCAUGCUCGAUCGUAUCCUACGCCUCCUCUCCAGCCACUCCAUCCUCACGUGCACUCUCGCUGAACGUGAAGAUAGCCACGCGGAGAGGCUCUACGGUUUGGCACCCGUGUGUAAAUUCCUCGUUCGGAAUGAAGAUGGUGUAUCGAUAGCUCCGUUGGUGAUCAUGAACCAAGACAAGGUCUUCAUGGAAAGCUGGUACCAUCUGAAAGAUGCAGUUAUUGAAGGAGGAGUCCCAUUUGAAAUGGGCCACGGAAUGACUGCAUUUGAGUUCCCGGCCACGGAUCCAAGAUUCAACAAGGUUUUCAACACGGGCAUGGUAAAUCACACCACCUUAACUAUGAAGAGGAUUCUCCAGACUUAUGAGGGGUUUGAACAAGUAAAGGAGGUGGUCGACGUCGGUGGUGGGACUGGAGCUACACUUAACAUGAUCAUUUCUAAGUAUCCACACAUUAAAGGAAUUAAUUAUGAUUUGCACCAUGUAAUAGCUGAUGCGCCCACUUAUCCUGGUGUGGAGCAUGUCGGGGGAGAUAUGUUCGUCAGUGUCCCCAGUGGAGAAACCAUUUUCAUGAAGUGGAUACUUCAUGAUUGGAGCGACGAGUGGUGCCUGAAGGUUUUGAAGAACUGUUACACUGCACUUCCGGACUAUGGGAAGCUGAUCGUCGUGGAGUCGAUUCUACCAUCAGUUCUUCAGACGAAUCUAUCCGAUAAAUGUGUCUUCCAACAAGACAUGCUAAUGCUGGCAUAUAAUCCAGGAGGAAAGGAGAGAACAAAGGAGGAGUUUGAGUCCCUGGCAAAGAGUGCUGGGUUUGCUGGGAUUAGAGUUCUAUGUUGUGCUAAUCACUCUUGGGUCAUGGAAUUCUACAAAAAGGAAAUGUCACUUACAGCUCGGAUAACCUUGGCUGAAUGAAGCAUUGUACUAUGCUCCACCCAGAAUAUCUACUGGUAACUAGGUUUUUCAGUUUGUGCAAAUGGGUUCAUGACUUCCCGAUCCAAAUUAUUGAUAUGAGGGGUCUCAUUUUGAUUUCCCACUCACAUGAAAUACGCCGCAUGGGUAAAUCUCCCCAAAAUGGAAAAUACAACUGUCCACAAUCAAAUGGAACUGAUAAUUUGAUGCUCGCGAUCUUCCAAUAUAUGAGAAUCUUACUACAUGAAACAUUAUCCUUUGUUGGGCUGAUAACAUGAAUGGUUUGGAUCAUGGAGCUAUGGGACCUACUUGUACGUAAAAGCAAUGGGUAAAGUUAUGGUUUCGAAUUAUCUGGUGUUUGUGGUGUUUUUAGUUUUAUAAUUUUGUAAGAAAAUGUAACUAGAAUUUGGAACCCUAUAGAUAAUUUUCUUGAAGUAUGAAAGGACCGAGGAGCUCAAUUGUGA